GCCACCCAGGAGGCUGAGACCCUGAGAGCCAACAUGGCCGCCACCCAGAGGGAGCUGGAGGCCGGGGUCCAGGCAGCCACCCAGGAGGAUGAGACCCUGAGAGCCAACAUGGCCGCCACCCAGAGGGAGCUGGAGACCGGGGUCCAGGCAGCCACAGAGGAGGAUGAGACCCUGAGAGCCAACAUGGCCGCCACCCAGAUGGAGCUGGAGGCCGGGGUCCAGGCAGCCAGAGAGGAGGCUGAGACCCUGAGAGCCAACAUGGCCGCCACCCAGAGGGAGCUGGAGGCCGGGGUCCAGGCAGCCACCCAGGAGGAUGAGACCCUGAGAGCCAACAUGGCCGCCACCCAGAGGGAGCUGGAGGCCAGGGUCCAGGCAGCCACAGAGGAGGCUGAGACCCUGAGAGCCAACAUGGCCGCCACCCAGAGGGAGCUGGAGGCCGGGGUCCAGGCAGCCACCCAGGAGGCUGAGACCCUGAGAGCCAACAUGGCCGCCACCCAGAGGGAGCUGGAGGCCGGGGUCCAGGCAGCCAGAGAGGAGGCUGAGACCCUGAGAGCCAACAUGGCCGCCACCCAGAGGGAGCUGGAGACCGGGGUCCAGGCAGCCACAGAGGAGGCUGAGACCCUGAGAGCCAACAUGGCCGCCACCCAGAGGGAGCUGGAGGCCGGGGUCCAGGCAGCCACCGAGGAGGCUGAGACCCUGAGAGCCAACAUGGCCGCCACCCAGAGGGAGCUGGAGGCCGGGGUCCAGGCAGCCAGAGAGGAGGCUGAGACCCUGAGAGCCAACAUGGCCGCCACCCAGAGGGAGCUGGAGACCGGGGUCCAGGCAGCCACAGAGGAGGCUGAGACCCUGAGAGCCAACAUGGCCGCCACCCAGAGGGAGCUGGAGGCCGGUGUCUAGGCAGCCACCCAGUAGGCUGAGACCCUGAGAGGAGCGCUGGAGGAGAAGGACAAGAAGCUGGAAGGCAUGAAGGAAGACAACAGCCACCUGAAGGAGGAGAUAGAGCGUCUGAGGACCAGCAGAGUUGACCCCAGUCCCCUGGCCUGGCCGAGCCAUGCACCC